CAGAAUACGGCCACUGAGGCACUGCCUUUGAUACACAAAUAUUUGUUUGGCGUUAAGAAAAACGCCGUUCGAAAUUUCGAAAAUUAUUGAUAUUACUCGUACAUUUACGUCUGUGAUUCACAAUUUUGGUAAGUUGCUAUCCUUAACUACUCUCAGGCUUACAAUUGCGUUAUUGUGUACAACUUGGCAGGGUUUACAAAAUACCAGUCUUGAUGGAUAUAAGGCAGGCUUGUAGAAUGGGGUCAAUUGACGAUUUUUUUAAUAGAGACGGGAGGGAGGUUGUUGAAAACCUACAAAAUUUGGGAUUUUUUAAAAAGAGUAAACGGUGCCUGGUAAGAACGUGCAGAAGACAAAUGCGAUUGUGUCCGAAAGCUGGCAUGUAUUGUGGGUAUGCGUUUAGGUGUUCGAAGUGCAAACGGGGUUAUUUGUCAAUAACGGAUGGUACUUUCUUUGAGGGAUUGCGUUUAGAUGUUAGAGAUAUUUUCAAAAUUAUUUUUCUGUGGAGUUGUUAUGUUAGUGUCGAUUCUGCUAGCAGAGAUCUCGGACUUCGAAGGGGUACUGUUAUGCAGUAUUAUACUUUUAUUCGAGAUACUUGCUCGUGGAAGUUGUUAAACGAAAUUAGGUCUCGGCAGUUGGGUGGUGUAGGUCACGUUGUGCAAGUUGACGAAUCGGUUGUGACGAAAAGGAAGUGCCAUCAGGCGCGUUUGGCGAAGGAAAAGUGGGUGGUUGGGUUGUAUGAUGUGAAUGAUGAACGUGGAACGAUUGCGCUGGUGGAUGACAGGAGUGAAAGAACAUUGAAAGGUGUGUUGACUAAUUUGAUCUUACCCGGCACCGAAAUUUGGACUGAUGAAGGGACGGGGUAUAAAUUUUUACAAAAUUAUGAUGGGGUUUCGCCUUAUACCCAUCAUACUGUUAAUGAUAGUAGAGAUUUUGUAAAUCCAGCUACAGGUGUGCACACUAAUGUGAUUGGGGGCUAUCGGAGCCUCUUGGAGGAAUUUUGCCGACGUAUGGGAGUAGUACCUGCUCGAAUGCUACCCCAUCACGUCGACGAAUUUCUUUGGAGGAGAGAGUUUAAGGAUAGCCAAUUUACCAACAUUUUGAAUCACAUUUUGGAAAAGUAUCCCCAAUAAAUGUGAUUCUCAUUGGAACAGCACCAGGGUAUCAUGUGGAGUUCUUGUAGUCAGACUUACAAGGUUUCAAUAUUCAAAAUGUAUGGGAUACGUGCAAAAGUUGCGAAGACAUGAUGUUAAUCGGCAGUCGACACGAAAAAAGAAGUUACAUUGAAAAGCGACGGGUAGAUUCUACGUUCGGGUGUACAAGAUAGUUGAUUGCUACUCGCCAAUUGAUAGGAAAAGGCAGUUAAUGCUAAUUGACGUCGAUACUGAAAAUGAGAUCCUCACCAGAUGCAAUGCAACCUUCUCUAAGGGGUUUAGAAAAGGCAGCAAUUAACUGUUAUCAUAA